UCGGACCAUCUCAUGACACGAUUGAAUCAGCGUUUGGAGUUACUAUGUAACUAACCUUACUAGGUCCAAGGUUCAAUUUAUACAAUUAUCUUCCACUUAGUUCACUGUCACUCACCUAGAAGCUGCUGAUGCUCUUAGGGGCAAAAUAUUACAACAUGCUGGCAUAUUUUCAGUUUCUAGUGAUUUGUCUGUGUUGGGCUGGAGUAUCUAUUACAAAGGCUGAGAAUGGCCAGUGUAUUUGGUAUGGAGAAUGUGGUUCUACUUCUGCAGGGAAAGUUAAUUGUUUGUAUGAAGGUCCGUCCAAGGUCAUGGAGGAUCCAGAGGGCAUGAAUAUACUCCAAACUUACUGUCCGGAUCUAGUCACAGGAAACCAGACAGAAACAUGUUGUGAUGUUGCCCAGCUGCGUACCCUUCAAUCGAACAUGGGGCUUCCUCAGCAGUUUUUCUUAAGAUGUCCAGCAUGUUACAACAACUUCCUUAACCUCUACUGUUACCUGACAUGUGGUCCCCAUCAGGGCAGGUUCUUAGGAAUCAAUGGAACAGCUGCUGGAACCAAUGGCACAUAUGUUAAAGCAGUAUCUUACUAUCUGACAAAUGAAUAUGCUCAAGGAAUGUACAACUCCUGCAAAAAUGUCCAAAUGCCUUCGGCCAAUGAGAAAGCACUUAGCAUUUUCUGCGGAAGACCAGCAGCACAAUGCACGGCACAAUCUUGGCUCACCUACAUGGGUUCAACAGCUAAUGGCCACACCCCAUUUGGGAUUAAUUUUGUAAUUGGGGAUAAAAAUGUCACAACACCCAAUGCAACAUAUGUUCCCAUGAACUAUACCAUCACACCAUGUAACAAGCAGUACAAGAAUCGAUCUGCAUGCAGUUGUCAGGAUUGUGAAACAUCUUGUGCCCCGGUACCCCCAAUUCCACCACAGCCUAAGCCUUGCACAAUCCUGCAUAUUGACUGCUACUACUUUGUUUUUGCCAUGAUAUUUCUGGUCUUCAAUCUUUUCUUCUAUAUUUAUGUCAUCUGCUACAAUGUCUUGGUUCGAAACUCCUUGGGAGUUAUGGAUUCGUACUCACGAUUGGACAGUGAUGAUGAAGAUUAUACAGGGACUUUCUGUGUUAAUGGUGACAAGAAGAAGAAAGCCAGAGGUGGAUCGCAAAACCAGAGGUCAAGUUUACCAAAAGUAUCACAUGCAGACAUCAACUGCCUGGAGAAAAGUGGCUCCUGGAUGGAGUGCAAAUUAGAAUCUUUUUUCCAUGCUUGGGGUACAUUUUGUGCAAGACAUCCAAUUCUUAUAAUAGUAGUGGGUCUGACCAUAGCUGGUGCUUUAUCUGCUGGGAUUGCUGUCUUCAAAGUGACCACUGAUCCGGUCAAGCUCUGGUCAGCCAAAGAUAGUCGUGCAAGGACAGAGAGAGACUACUUUGAUUCUCAUUUUGGGCCUUUUUAUAGAACAGAGCAAGUAAUUAUAACUCGCCCCCAUAACAACACUGUUGUCCAACAUAAACUUCCCCCACCUUCAGAACAGAUUGUCAACUAUACCAGCUUAUUUGACAAGGAAUUUCUUCACUUGGUUUUGGACCUACAAUUGGCCAUUGAGAAUAUCACGGCAGAGUACAAUGGUGAAAAAGUAACUUUAGAGGACAUUUGCUUCCAGCCCUUAUCUCCAGACAACACAAAAUGCACAAUCCAAAGCAUUCUGCAGUACUUCCAAAACAACCAUUCAAACAUAGAUAAAGUCAAAAUGGAUGAAUAUGGCUUCUUUGUGUUAGCUGACUACCUUGAUCAUCUAAGAUACUGCUUGCAAGCACCAGCAUCAACACAGGACACCGUCGGAUUAAAUAUGAGCUGUCUAGCAGAGAGUGAUCAGCCUAUUUUCCCGUGGAUAGCAUUGGGAGGAUUUGAUGGAGAUAAUCACAACUCAUCAGAGGCCAUUGUUCUCACAUUUAUUGUGAAUAAUCACUUGGAUGAAGAAAUGAACAAGAAGGCAGAAGCAUGGGAGAAAUCAUUCAUAGAACACAUGAAGGCCUUCUCAAGUCCAGACAUGACUGUAUCAUAUUCCUCGGAACGUUCCAUUGAGGAUGAGAUUGAAAGAGAGAGUAACUCUGAUGUCCUAACAAUCCUGGCUUCCUAUCUGAUUAUGUUUGGUUACAUUGCAAUUACACUGGGUCAAUACAGAGACUGUGUAGACUUUUCUAUUCCAAAACUGAUGAUGGAUGCUAAGAUCACUCUUGGUUUGGCGGGGGUCGUGAUUGUCCUCCUCUCUGUCUCCUCCUCCCUGGGGAUGUUCAGCUACUGCGGGGUGGCGGCUACUCUCAUUAUUAUUGAGGUGGUUCCUUUCCUAGUGCUGGCAGUUGGUGUAGACAACAUAUUUAUAUUAGUGCAGACCUUCCAGAGGGACAAGCGAAGACCCAAUGAAAGUAUUGAAGAACAGAUUGGUAGAAUUUUAGGUCAAGUUGGCCCCAGCAUGAUGUUAUCAAGUUUCUCGGAAUCCAUUGCCUUCUAUUUAGGUGCCUUGACUAACAUGCCUGCUGUAAGAGUUUUCUCCCUUUACGCAGCCCAGGCUGUCCUUUUUGACUUUCUCCUACAGAUAACUGUGUUUAUAGCUCUUAUGACACUCGAUGCCAAAAGGCAAAAGGACAACAGAUUUGACAUGUGCUGCUUUAUCAAAGUGGGGAACCAGAAAUCCCUGGAUGGAAACUCUGGAGGAUGUCUUUAUAAAAUUGUCAAAGAUUACUACUCUCACUUUCUACUAAAGGAGUGGGUCAGGCCAAUAGUGGUGACCAUAUUUACAUUUUAUUUCUGCCUCAGUGGAGCUGUUAUUCACAAACUCGGUAUUGGCUUGGACCAGAAGCUCUCAAUGCCAGAUGAUUCCUAUGUCCUAGACUACUUUAAGAACCUGAGUGCCUACUUACAUACAGGAGCCCCUGUAUAUUUUGUGGUUGAAGAAGGACUAGAUUACAAAUCGGUGGCAGGUCAGAAUGCGAUCUGUGGAGGAAAUGGAUGUCCACAGAAUUCUCUUGUGGGUCAACUAUUUACUGCAUCUGGACAGCCAAGCUACACAAAGAUAGCACAGCCUACAUCUUCCUGGUUAGAUGACUACUUGAGCUGGCUCUCCCCAGGAGGGGAUCCCCCAUGUUGCAGAGAAAAUAAUUUAACGCAUGGAUUCUGUCCCUCCAUGGACAAUAGUUCUACCUGCAUUGGGUGUCCCAUGGGAAAGUCAAUACAUGGAAGACCAAAUGAGGUAGAUUUUAUGAAGUACUUACCAUGGUUCCUCAAAGACAACCCAGGAACAAAAUGUGCUAAAGGUGGACAUGCUGCAUAUGGCAGUGGAGUAAACCUUAUUAAAAACAAAACUGAUGUUGGAGCCACUUAUUUCAUGACCUAUCACACAAUAAUGACGGAGAACGAGGAUUACAUUAAUGGACUAAAGAUGGCCAGGAAGAUAGGGGACAACAUCACCAGCACACUGAGGACCAUGCUUCACAACGACAAAAUCACUGUGUUCCCAUACAGUGUGUGGUACGUAUUCUAUGAGCAGUAUCUCUCCAUUGUGAAGGACACCAUUGAGAACCUGUGUAUCUGUAUAGGUGCCAUCUUCGUUGUCACUUUCCUCCUCCUGGGGUUUGACUUCUUCUCAGCCCUCAUGAUCCUCAUCACCAUAGGGAUGAUCGUUGUGGACAUCCUGGGAUUCAUGUACCUAUGGGACAUCACACUUAAUGCCGUGUCUCUAGUCAACUUAGUCAUGGCUAUUGGUAUUUCUGUAGAAUUCUGUGCCCACAUAACCAGGGCAUUUGCUGUCAGUUUACAGCCCACUAGAGUGGAGCGGGCUCACGAUUCUCUUGCCCACAUGGGCAGCUCUGUUUUGAGUGGUAUUACACUCACCAAGCUUGGUGGAAUAAUCGUGCUAGCCUUCUCCAAAUCCCAACUCUUCCAAGUAUUCUAUUUCAGAAUGUAUCUAGCGAUGGUGGUAUAUGGUGCAACUCAUGGAUUAAUCUUCUUGCCAGUUAUGUUAAGUUAUAUAGGUCCCCCUUUGAAUAAGGCCAAAUUAUACAAGCACCAAAACAAAAUAGAGCACGAGACAAAUAGUAUAACAGUUCAGCAUCAUAACCAAUCAAAUUAUGAAUCCAUUACUAGCUGAGUUGAUGACAGUGAUAUUAAUUAAACAUUUACUUGUUUUUCAUACUGAGAUUAACUAGAGUCCAAAUUACAUACUGUGGUUGCUGAACAAACACCGAGUUCAUGGAUGGAAACCUUUUAUAUAACGGAAUAUUAAUAAUAUUCUACAUUCCAUUUUCCACUGAGAUUAUUUAUUUUUUCACCAAAUGCGUAUGAGAUAAUCAUGUGGUAUAUACAUGAGUAUAAUGUGAAAAUGGUUGAUUUUCAUUGUACUGAAAAUGCAGGUUGUCAUACUUAAAAUUUUCAUGGUAUUAAGGUAUUCAAUGUAUAACGACCAUAUUUUGUAUCUAAUAAGUGAAUGGUCUGAAACGAUUAAUCAUGGUAACAUUUUGAAGGUGUUACGCAAUAAACAUACCCCACCAAAUGAAUUUACAUUGAAUACUUUAAAAUGCAUGUAGAUGCAAAUUUUUUACACAUUGCUAAAUUUUGAAUUUGGAAUAUUUUCUUUAACGGUAUUAAUUUUGAUGUAAAAUUCUGAGAGGCAGUGCUUUUUAUUAAACAAUGCUUGAAUGAUUUGAGAAAGGGUAGAGGAUCUGGACAUUUUUUGUUACAUUCUGAUGGAAGUUUUUUUGCCAAUAUUUAUUCUUAUUCUAGAUAAUGAUGAUAUCAAUAUUAUUGUGCAAUUGUUUAUUUAUGAGUGUAUGUCAGAAUAUUCAUUGUUAUCUAUACAUGUAUGUCAUAUUGGAAUAGUGCUCCUCACAAAGUGCUCAAAU